GUCCUUGUUUUCUGAUCAGCUACACAGAUCGUGAUCUCAAUCCGAAAAUGUCCUGGGACGAGAGUAUUGUGUUGGACUGUGAUGUGGUAACCGGAACUGGGAAUGUGGAUGGACUAGUCUAUCAGUGGGAAGUGCAGUACUCUCGUUCCAUCGGGACCGGAACAAUCAAUUCGAAUGAAUCUGGUCGACAUCGAUUGCUUGCCCGUUCUUCCGUUCUGUCUAUGGGUACAAACAACGGAGCGAUUCCGGUUGCAGUGCCAUCCAUGAAUCCCAGCUCGACGGGUUCCUCUCAGUCCGCAUUGUCCCCACAUCCCGUAUCAGAUCUGGUUCGAUACAACGAACCGAAAUUGCGAAUAGAAAAGCUGAAUCUACGUCACAAUGGAGAGUAUCGGUGCACCGUAGUAGAUACGAGGCGCUCGGCCGCCGGACGAUCGGACACAAUAUCCAGAACGUUUCGCCUGAGUGUUGAA